UUUAUGUUUAAUAAAAUAUAGUAUUUUAGACGAUAGAAAGAAAAUUAAUAAUGCAACAAACACCAUCCAAACACAAAACUCGGAGAUACGAAGUCAAUUGUUAUUCAAUGAAGUACUUAUUAAAUUAAAAUUUUUAGAAAACAAAGUUGACCAAAUAAUAGAAAACAUAUACUCUGCUAAACACUACAUCUUCCAUCCCUCUAUACUAACAUCUGAAGAAAUAGAUAAAUACAAUAUAGAUUUCUAUAAGUUAAGUCUGAUGAAAAUGGGUGUACUACUAUACAACAACAACUGUUUAAUAUUUUCAAUAAAAAUACCUAUAAACUAUUCAAAACACAUUGUAAAAAUUAUCGUUCCUAUACCUAACCAGAAAAAUAAAAUAACAUUUAAUGAUAUUGUACUCAUAAACACUAAAAAUAUAGAAAAAAAUGAAGAACUAAAACAACAUCAAAACAUCUCAUAUUCCCUAAUCUUGGUUGUAUUUGUAGUGAUG